AUGAGUUCAGUGCACGAUAUGUAUCAACAGCACCAGAUGAUGAUGCAAGGAAAUAUGAUACCACCCCAAGGUGACAUUUCUUCGGCACCUUGCGAGGUAACCCUUCAGAAUGGUCAAUUGUGGAAGCAGUUCCACGAAGUGGGCACAGAAAUGAUCAUCACAAAGAGUGGAAGGCGCAUGUUUCCUGCCCUACGUUUGGGUGUUUCUCGAUUGGAUCCGGAUGCUUUAUACUGCGUUUUAUUGGAAUUAGUGCCUUUGGGAAGAAGUCGUUAUAAAUUCAGUGGCUCUCGUUGGGAAUGUGCAGGAGGUGCUGAACCACAAAGUCCCUUGAGAGCAGCAAUGCACCCUGAUUCACCAGCCGCUGGACGCCAUUGGAAUGGACAUCCAGUUCUUUUCAACAAAGUCAAAUUAACAAACAACACCUUGGAUAGUAAUGGACAUAUCGUAUUAACAUCAAUGCAUCGAUAUCAACCUGUGAUUCAUAUCGUGAGGGCUUCAGAUCCAUCUUUAACAACAUUGGGAGCUCCUUCAAGACAAUUUCAUUUCCCGGAGACCCAAUUUGUAGCCGUCACCGCUUAUCAGAACGACAGAAUAACAAAAUUAAAAAUCGACAACAACCCCUUCGCCAAAGGAUUUAGAGAAACUGGUCAAUCGAGAUGCAAAAGGAAAUUCCAAAACGAGAACUCUGCCCUGAGUAAAUCAUACGAAAAAUCUCAAGAAAAACGAUCAAGUUCCCCUGAAGACAGUGGGAUAUCAUCAGGAAGUGAAGAAAUACCUUCAACAUCCAAUUACAGACCUCAACAUGUCUUUCAUCCACAAACAGUCUGCUUAAACCCACCCGUUAUUCCAAAUUACAUCAACAAUUUCCUACCAUAUGUAUUACCGACAAUGUACAAUCAACAAAUGGCCACAGAUAUGAUUCAUUCUCCACAAUUAGUAGAUUUAAGCACAAAAAGUAAAAAGAAAUCGAGUUUUACUAUUAGAGAUAUCUUAGGUGAUGUUUAA